AUGUGCUGUCCCUUCCUGGCAAAUCAACUGACCCUUGCCAUCCCCAUCAUCGCUGCCAUCCUCUUCUUCUUCGUCAUGAGCUGCCUGCUACAGACAAGUUUCACCGACCCUGGGAUCCUGCCCCGGGCCACCGUCUGUGAAGCAGCUGCCCUGGAGAAACAGAUCGACAACACAGGCAGUUCCACGUACCGGCCACCCCCUCGGACCCGGGAGGUGCUGAUCAACGGGCAGAUGGUGAAAUUGAAGUAUUGCUUCACCUGCAAGAUGUUUCGGCCACCUCGGACCUCACACUGCAGUGUCUGUGACAACUGUGUGGAACGGUUUGACCAUCACUGUCCCUGGGUAGGCAACUGUGUGGGGAGACGAAACUACCGCUUCUUCUAUGCGUUUAUUCUCUCCCUCUCAUUCCUGACGGCCUUCAUCUUCGCCUGCGUGGUCACCCACCUGACACUCCGCUCUCAGGGAAGCAACUUCCUCUCCACUCUGAAGGAGACACCAGCGAGUGUGCUGGAGUUGGUGAUCUGCUUCUUCUCCAUCUGGUCCAUCCUGGGCCUCUCAGGGUUUCACACUUACCUCGUCGCCUCCAAUCUGACAACUAACGAAGAUAUCAAAGGCUCGUGGUCCAGCAAGAGGGGCGGUGAGGCAUCCGUCAAUCCCUACAGCCAUAAAAGUGUUAUCACCAACUGCUGUGCUGUACUCUGCGGCCCCCUACCUCCCAGCCUGAUUGACCGGAGGGGAUUUGUGCAGUCUGACACCGUGUUGCCCUCACCCAUCAGAAGUGACGAGCCAGCCUGCGGAGCCAAGGCCGAUGCCAACAUGGUAGGAGGCCACCCCUGAACGCGCCUCAGUACUUGCCACCUGCUGGCCUGUUCGCCCUUCCGCACUUACCUGCCAGGACCCUCCCCAUUCCACCCAAGGGAAGCAGAGCUGCCAAAGACUCAAGUCUUUUCGUAUUUAUUUCCCACCCUGCGUGGCUGUUCCCACUCUGUUCCAUGGCUGUACCCUUUGCUCCCCGAACCCAGGUUCCCACAGCCUUAGGCCUGAGGUCCCCCCAGCUGAUCAGUGGCAGAGUGACAGGAUAGAGAGGCCAGGGCCAGGCACCCAGAGGACCAUGCCAAGUCUCUGUGCCAGGGCGAGCCCUGUGUGUGUGAGGGUGCGGACUGAGUGUAAUGCCUCCCAGUUUGGGAAGCUGCUGAGCCCUGCUGAGCUGGGGUCCUGGGAUGAAGCAGGACCCAUGAGCAGUUGGCCCUGGACAGUGAGCUAUGGGAGAGGACACUUCCAUGGGCUGUUUUGGUUUGCAAGCUCCUUUAUUCUUUUUGUGAUGAUCAUUUUUUUUCCUUUGGGAUUUUUGUUGUUUUUUUGUAUGGAGUUGGCCAAUAGGAUAGAGCUGGGUUCUAGAUAGAGAGGGCAGAGUUGGGGGGCGGUGGGGCAGCCUGUGUAAGAAGAAGCCAAACCAGCCAGCCAGGCAGCCAAGACCUCAGCUUCUGCAUGAUUCCUGGGCAACACACUAGGAAGUGGGGGCCUUGCCCUUUCUCUGCCCAUGGAGGGUUCUCUAUGGGAUCUCAGCCUGGCCCCCCAUCUCUCUCCCAGGUCAGGUCUGGGAUGGGUAGGUUACACUCAUGCUGGCAAUACUUGAAACGGGUAUUUUGCACAAUUUUAUAGACCUCUUUUCUACGUAGCAUUUUUUAAAUGGAAGAAGAAUGUUUAAAUGUCAGCCACUUUGCUGUCUGUGUAGUGCCAGGUUAAGGGUUAUCAGAAGGCAAGUUGGUUUCAAUAAGUUUAUUAUAAGAGACCUCUGGCUGAGAGUGUGCUUGUGUGUGUGUGUGCGUGUGUGCGUGUGUGUGUGCAUGCAUGUGUGCGUGUAUACGCUUGCCCUUGUACAAAUGUGGCUGGCUCCCACUUCCCCACAUCCCCUGGGCUGCCCUCCUCCCCACCGUCCCUCUCCAGUGUCAGCCAGCAACAGCAGGAGCAGCCUGAGCCAUGGGGACAGGGAACAUGUGCAUUGGUUACAAGAGACCCCUGGACUCCUCCUGUGGCUCAGCCCCAUCCUCCUACCUUUCCCUCCUCCAGGGACUUCAGAUAGCCAGUGGCUGGGGACUCAGCCACCCCCAACCCCACCCCUGCCACCCAGCCCCCAGGUCAGGCUUCCAGCUGGGAUCUGCCUAGACAGGCUGAGGCUGGGUGUGGUGCAUGGGUAAUGGCUGUGGGGAGCAGCUGCCAUCCUACAAGCCACACCCCCUCCUCCAAACCCCAAGUAUGGGACCCAGUGCCAAGGGCUAGAGGACAGGGAGUCUCUGCCAACUGGAAGCCUCCAUCCAGAGAAAAGGAAGGAAGAAGCAGGGUGGGCCAAGGGGAGUGAAGAUUGUCCUAAAUCUAGGCCAGAAACUCAGAAGAUGUCCCUCUUCUGCUGGGAGCUAUAGUUUCUUGUCAAAAUAGAUAGGAAAUUGUCCUUCUAUCCCCCUCCUUGGCCCUUCAAGUGGGCUGAAGUCCUUGGAAAGUGACAUAGGAAGUCCCCUCAUCUUGCCCUUCCUUGCUCCAGAGGCUAGUGGAGAAGUAGCUGAGAAGUCUACAGAGGGUCUCCUCUGGGAGAAAUGCCUUUGCCCAGCCUUAGUGCCAUGCUGCAGUGGCACUCAGAGGUAGGGAGGAAGCUGGCUAGAGGAGGUUUACUCCCAUCUGCCUUUUAUUUAAGCCAGUAUUCUUUGUUCCUGCUUGUAAUAAAACUUUUGUUUUUAAGAGUU